AUGGAGGUAGUCAUGAUCAGAGAACGUCGAAACUACUUAUCUAAUGUGAUCUCUACACUGGUGGUGGAGAAGUUGGUUCGUAAGGGUUGUGAGGCAUUCUUGGCCUAUGUAAGUGUUUCGGGUUCUAAGGACUCUACGGUUAAGGAUAUCAGAACAGUAAAUGAUGUUCUGGACGUCUUUCCUGAUGAGCUACUGGGUUUAACUCUGAAUCGUGAAGUGGAGUUUAGGAUAGAGCUCCUUCCUAGUGCAGCUCCGGUGUCCAUUGCCCCUUAUAGAAUGGCACCGAAAGAGCUUGUGGAGCUUAAGGCCCAGAUUCAAGAGUUACUGGAUCGUGGGUUCAUCCGUCCUAGUGUGUCUCCAUGGGGAGCACCAUUCCGAAGGGCUUUGAUUGUUUCUAAGGUUGAUCUUUGGUCAGGGUAUCACCAGUUGAGAGUUAAAGAGGCUGCCGUGCAUAAGACGGCAUUUAAGACUCGCUAUGGUCACUACGAGUUCAUAAUUGAGGCUGUCUUGGAUUGGAAGCAGCCUAAGACUGUAUCUGAGAUCCGCAGUUUUCUAGGACUGGCAGGGUAUUAUCGACGAUUUGUGGAGGGGUUUUCUUUGAUUAUAGUACCCUUGACUAAGCUGCUACGUAAGUGUAUGCCGUUUAGUUGGACUGAUUUACAGCAAGAGAGCUUUGAGAAGCUCAAGACUGUACUGACUGAGGCCCUAGUUUUGAUACAGCCAGAAUCUGAAAAAGAGUUCACUGUUUACAGCGAUGCAUCACAAGUCGGUUUGGGAUGUGUGUUGAUGCAGGAGGGAAAGGUUGUAGAAUACGCGUCUCAUCAACUUAAGACUCAUGAGGCAAAUUUUUCGACACAUGACUUGGAGUUGGCCGCGGUGGUAUUCGCACUGAAGAUCUGGAGGCAUUACCUAUAUGGUGAAAUGUGUAUCAUCUACAUGGACCACAAGAUUCUCAAGUAUCUCCUCACUCAAAAGAAGCUAAAUAUUAGGCAGCGUAAAUGGAUUAAGUUGCUUAAAGACUACGACUAUACGAUUGAAUACCACCCUGGUAAGGCCAAUGUGGCGGCCGACGCACUAAGCCGUAGGGCUCCGGUUAAGAUUCCUCUUUGGAAAUGGGAGCGCGUAAAUAUGGAUUUUGUCAAUAGGUUGCCUCUAACACCCACUAAGAAGAAUUCAAUAUGGUUCAUCGUGGAUCGAUUGACCAAGUCCGCCCACUCUAUACCGAUUCGUACUGAUUCUUCUCUGCACAAGCUGACGAAGCUUUAUAUUUCUAAGAUAAUGAGACUGCAUGGAGUUCCGACCGAUAGUCACUCUAAGAGGGUGAUUCAGAUACUAGAGGACAAGUUGAGGCGCUACCAUUCUGAUCCUACUCAUAUUGUCCCUGUUGAAAAGAUCGAGGUUAGGCCAGAUUUAACCUUUGAGGAAGAGUCAGUUCAGAUUCUGGAUUACGACGUUAAGGUUCUAAGAAGAAAAUCCAUUUCACUGGUAAAGUUUCUAUGGCGGAAUGAUAACACUGAGGAGGCUACAUGA